CGACAAUCACCUCUGCAUUUUGCCUACAACACCCUCCAAAAUGCACGCAACUUCGAUCAGCGCCCCAGUGCGCACCGCAAUGAUGUUCGGACGCAUUUCUCCCAAAGCCCUCCCCUCGGUUGCAUCCCCAGCCAAUUCAACGGCAUUGUACCAGACCCUCUGCCAGGCACGACCGGCCAGUACCUCCGCACAAAUCAAGACCAGCUUCAAGGCGCCAAGCGCUCGUCCACAGGUCCAAAUGCCAACUUACCGUGUUGCAUCAAUGCGGGCGAACUCCACAGUCUCCGAGGCAACUCGCAAGGAAGCCGCCAAACUGACCUGGAACUCGUUCUUCCAGCUCCGCGCCUCUCGUCGUCGCUAUUCGCUCGCUUCCUCGGUUGUGUCCUCGAUGGCUAGUACUGUCAUUGGUGUGCAGGUUCUUUCCAGCCAGGAUCUUGAAGCCUUGGGCGCGCAGGUGAUGGGUCUGGACCCCUUCGUUGUUCUGGGAAUGGCUACCGCGGCUUGUGGUGCUGUGGGAUGGCUCAUUGGGCCCUUUGUUGGUAAUGCGGCGUGGGGUUUGGUUAAUCGGCGGUAUAAACAGGCUUUCAUGAUCAAAGAGAAGGAGUUCUAUGACCGAAUCAAGCGCUUCCGCGUUGAUCCCUCUUCGAACUCCAUCGCGAACCCCGUCCCUGAUUACUACGGCGAGAAGAUCGGCAGCGUGCAGGGAUACCGCCAGUGGCUGAAGGAUCAGCGUGUGUAUAACCGCAAGAGGCGCAACUUUAUCCUCUAAAUACAGUCAUUCUUGCAUUUGUGAUGGCGAACAAUUAACAUAGAAGCCCGUAGUCUGGGUUUCUCUUAUGGCAUUCUACAUUCCGGUCCUUAUUUCCUUUGUUUGUGGUUCCUGCACCCCUUUCCUGUAUGAGUAUUCUGACAAUGUCGAUCUGUAUCUGAGCGAUUACUUCCCUUUACUAAAUUUAACCUGUAUACGGUUCAUUAUGCUUGUUUAUUGACAUUGUAUGGCCAGUCGGGAACUACUUUCCCAAGUAUAGCGAACUAGCCAUUUCAG